AUGGAUCAAUGGAGGAAGCGAAAGCUAUCGAAUUUCGAUUAUUUAAUUGCACUAAAUAGGCUGGCUGGAAGAAGUUUCAACGACAUUACGCAGUAUCCAGUCAUGCCGUGGAUACUUGCCGACUUUACCAGCGACAACAUUGAUUUAUCAGACUCCAGAGUUUAUCGCGACCUUUCCAAACCGAUUGGAGCUUUAAAUCCCGAUCGCCUCGCUCAACUACUGGAGCGCUACAAGGAUUUAGAGUUGUUUGGGUUUACGGAAGCAGAAAAGUUUCUUUACGGAAGCCACUACUCGUCUCCAGGAAUAAUCCUUCAUUUCUUGAUACGACAGGAGCCCUUCACUUCUAUGGCUAUUGAUCUACAGUCGGGAAGAUUCGAUUGUCCAGACCGUCUAUUUUUCGACAUUGCCGCUUCGUGGAAUAGCUGCAUGACGUCUACCUCGGAUAUGAAGGAGCUCAUUCCAGAGUUUUUCUGUCUCCCAGAGAUGUACCUCAACACAAACGAAUUCCCCUUGGGACGGACGCAGAACAAUAGACUUGUCGACAAAGUUGGCCUCCCGCCAUGGGCUAAAGGGUCGCCUCACGAAUUUAUUCGAAUUCAACGACUUGCUUUGGAAUCCGAGAACGUGUCGCGGAAUCUUCACCAAUGGAUAGAUUUAAUUUUUGGCUACAAACAAAGGGGGCCCGAGGCCGAAGCCGCGCACAACAUUUUUCAUCAUCUCUCUUACGAAGGAUCCGUCGACCUGGACAAAAUUACG